AAGAGGCUGAUUCCUCAUCAUAGUGGAGAUCUUGUGCCCAGUGCACUUUACCUGUCCCUCGGGUAAAGUUCAGCUUCCUUUUAACGUUCUAUACACGCUACCUUUGUAUAUCUCUUUUAGUGACUGUGUGCGACCAGAGAGAGAGAGAGAUUUCUGGGUUGUUUGUAAGGCAUGGCUUCCAAGCUGUUACUGGUCGUGGUGUUUGUGUUGGAUCUGAUAGCUUUUGCUCUUGCUGUUGCUGCUGAGCAAAGAAGGACCAAAGCCCAACUAACAACAGAUGGACAAUUCAAUUAUUGUGUUUAUGAUUCUGACAUCGCAACCGGGUUUGGUGUGGGGUCCUUCCUGUUCCUACUGGCUAGCCAAAUCCUGAUAGUGGUGGCUAGUCGUUGCUUGUGCUGCGGAAAAGCUUUGAGACCAAGUGGCGCCAGGGCAUGGGCCAUUUGCUUAUUUAUCACUUGCUGGGUGACAUUCGCCAUUGCUGAGGCGUGCUUACUGGCUGGUUCUGUGAGGAAUGCAUACCACACCAAGUACAGGACUGUCUUGAAAAGCAAUCCUUCAUGCGAGAAUUUGAGAAAGGGAGUCUUUGGGGCUGGGGCUGCUUUCGUGGUCUUGACAGGGAUAUUCUCCGAACUUUAUUAUGUUAGCUAUUCCAAGGCUAACGAUGAUAAGGCUCUCUAUGCCAGGGACGCUGGUGUGAGGAUGGGGAACCUAUAGUUGACCUCUCUUAGAGAGAGACUUAGAUUCUAAUAUGUAAUGGUUCACUUAAUUGGUUUUUUAUAUCUUAAAUAUUGAAACAAAUUUAGCUAAUUAUGUUAUUGGGUAUGCAUAUCUACGUGUGAUAUGGAGUUUGCGUGGGGAUUUUACUGAGUAGGCCUGUUUUUGGCUUGGUACAUGUUCUGUUAAGCCCCCAAACAUUGUGCUAGUAUAAUGGCUUUUGUACAUCAGAGAAACUCUUUUAAACUUGUCAAAGAAAAGAGGAGGAAUUAGUUCGA